GCAUCUCCAGGAGCUGACCCUGGCACUGUGACCUGCUGGCAGUAGGACAGCAAAGCCUUUGCUUCUGGCUUUAUGGGCAAGAGGGGCUUGGGAUGGCCUGGGGCCGUGGCUGUGUGUGCUGACCUGGGCUGUGUGUGCUGACCUGGCUGUGCCUUCCCCCCACAGGGAAUGAUCUCUUCCUGGUGGCCGUCCACGAGCUGGGGCACGCGCUGGGCCUGGAACACUCCAAUGAUCCCAGUGCCAUCAUGGCUCCUUUCUACCAGUACAUGGAAACACACAACUUUAAACUGCCCCAGGAUGACCUCCAAGGAAUUCAGAAAAUCUAUGGUCCUCCUAUAGAGCCCCUGGAGCCAACCAGGCCUUUACCAACUCUUCCUGUUCGCAGAAUUCACUCCACUUCGGAAAGAAAACACGAGAGACAGCCACGACCCCCCAGUCCUCCCCUGGGCGAUAGGCCAGCCCUCCCUGGCUCCAAACCAAACAUCUGUGAUGGCAACUUUAACACUGUGGCUCUCUUUAGAGGAGAAAUGUUUGUUUUCAAGGAUCGCUGGUUCUGGCGUCUGCGCAACAACCGUGUGCAGGAGGGGUACCCCAUGCAGAUUGAGCAGUUCUGGAAGGGCCUCCCCGCAAAGAUCGACGCAGCCUAUGAGCGCUCUGAUGGCAAAUUCGUUUUCUUCAAAGGAGAUAAGUACUGGGUUUUUAAGGAAGUGACGGCAGAGCCAGGCUACCCUCACAGCCUGGUGGAGCUGGGGAGCUGCCUGCCCCGGGAGGGCAUCGACACGGCACUGCGCUGGGAGCCCGUGGGCAAAACUUACUUCUUCAAAGGGGACAGGUACUGGAGGUACAACGAGGACAAGAGAGCAACGGACCCAGGCUACCCAAAGCCCAUCACCGUGUGGAGAGGAAUCCCUCAGGCUCCUCAGGGGGCUUUCAUCAGCAAGGAAGGCUUUUACACCUACUUUUACAAAGGGAAGGAGUACUGGAAGUUUGAUAACCAGAGGCUGAGUGUGGAGCCAGGCUACCCCAGGUCGAUCCUCAAGGACUGGAUGGGCUGUAACCAGAAAGAAGUUGAGCGGAGCAAGGACCGGCGCCUCCCGCACGACGAUGUGGAUAUCAUGGUGACAAUAAAUGACAUGCCCAGCACUGUCAAUGCCAUCGCGGUGGUGAUCCCCUGCAUCCUGUCUCUGUGUAUCCUUGUCCUGGUAUACACAAUCUUCCAGUUUAAAAACAAAGAAGUGCAGCAAAAUGUUGUGUACUACAAAAGACCUGUCCAGGAAUGGGUAUGACACAGCCUGCUACACAUUUCAACUCAUUGAGCUGAUGAGGACUAUGGACACACACAAAAAAGAGGAAAAAAUGCAUUGAAAAGCCUACCAAACAAAACUACUUCAGUGACCUACAAGUUUUGGACACUCUGGGAUAGAAAUAAGCAGGAAAACUGGGAAAAAAAAAAAAAGGCAGGUAGCCUUGCAGUGUGAAGCUUCUUUCCUUUGUACUGCUUUGGUCACCUGCCAGUCACGGUGCCAUUCACCGGCUCACUCUACCAGCACCAGAGUCUUCGAGACAGGUUUCAACUGAUCUGGGAAACUUCCUUCAGUUCCCUGCACCAGUGCUCCCUGUUAAACCCAGCAUUCUCCAGUGUAGCUAAACCACCUCUGAACAGAACCAUUUUUUUAAUAGCUGUCUCAUAAAUGAAUUAAGAUCAUGAAAUCUAUGAACAAGAACAAUUUCAGUGUCAUAAGCAGAAGACAUUCUGAUGCUGAAUCAUUCUAAAAAAUCUUCUUAGUUUAUUAAAAAAUCCAGGGAUCUACCUGGAUACGGUUUUCCAAUACCUGCUGGUCAGAUGUUUUGUACAUUCAUAACUAAUCAAUGCUGCCACUCAGCACAAUGCACGAGGAACCACCGAGCACUCAAAGAGGUACCGGAGUGCGGAGCAGAAACUAAAGCACCAAACCAGACACCUGGCAACGUCAAGCCCUAGACUGGGACAAUCUGAAGACAAAGUAAUUGGGUCUUAAAAAAAAAAACAACAACCAAACCAAUAAUGGUUUUUGUUUUGGGAGCCACUCAUGAAAGAAAUAUUUAAGUGUCAUGUAAGUUGGUUUAAGCUCCCACCAGCAAGAACCCAGGAACCAAUGGUUACCAAAAUACGGGGAAUGAGUAUGGACAGACUGCACUCUGCCCGUUCAGAUGCUGGGAAAAGAUGAGUUGUUGUUCCGUGGCAUGUGUAAUUAGAUUGUGGAAUUUGUGUGUUGGGUUUCAGGAGAUGGAGAUGUUUGUUUAGAGUGAGGUCAUCAUUAUAUUUUGCUGAAAUAAUCAAGGUUUGGUAAGAAUUAGGCUUGUUUAUAAAACUAAAUCCAACCCCUGUAGAUGUUACAAACAUUGUAUGCCUUCAGAAUCUGGGGGCUUGUUUUGCCCACUUCUUCACAGGCAAAUAUUUGGCAAGGACCAAAGGAAGCAUGACACACAGUAGAAUGAGUUUACCAUGUUUGACAGAGCCAUAAAAAUCAGGUAAAGGCAAAAAAAUACCUUAACUUUCAGCUAGUGACUUUCCACAGAUCUCUUCCUACAACAGUACUUCUGCUUGUCCCUCUUACAGUUGUGAGUGGUUCAGGACAUUGUGCCCUAGCCACAAACUUUUGAUUUUCAUGUUGAUGGUGAUUUUUUUUCCAUGUUGAAUAAGAAUGGAAGAGCCUUUUGCAGUGCAGUGUAAUGGUGAAGCCCAGCACUGUACAGAAGUGCCACCCAUGACAGCACAGUAAUUGCUUUGCCCGCUCACCAUGGGGAACAGGUGAUUAACCUAAACCCUCUGCCUAUAACUGAAUUUUAUUGAGUGCAAUGAAGUGCAAUGCACAGAAUGUCCACUUAGUAUAGAAAAAGUACAGCUUUGUAAUGUCAGCUCUGAAAAAAACCCCAAGGACAACAAACACGCUAAAAGUAGUCCUAAUUACAAUGAGGAACAAAGCAGCAGAGAGAUCGUUAGCAUUCUGGAUUGGUAAUUAGUGCUCAAAUAUUGCUCUGGUGAAGCAGGAUAGACACUUAGAUUCGUCUGGUGAAGCCCACAAGGACUGCAUUAACAUGUGGUCUCAAACUGUAUUUUGUCCUUCAUAACUGAUUUCCAUAGCCAAGCUGUUUAUUGUGUUUAAACAUAAACUACUACCAACAUAUUACAAAGUAAGUGAGAAGCUCGUAGAUGCGAAACUUCGAACUGUAGUGACAAAACGUGCUAACGUCUCAUGGUGAGUGAAGGAGUGCGAAGGACCAAAGGAAAUCAGAGCUCCUGAUCAGACAGCCCCACGCUACUCCGCGUUGCUCUGUGUACCAGAGGUGUGGUGGGACACACCACGGCCACCACGGCCACCUGGCACCUUGGUCUCAUCUGUACGCUGCCAUCUCGCUGGGACUGCGACAGCCCAAACCUUUGAGCAACUUCCAACAGCCAUCAUUAAAAAAAAAAAAAAUUAUGAAAAAAAAAAAAAUUUACAACGGAGAGCAGUGUCUGGGUUUGUUUGUAUUUCCUCCCCCUGGCCCCAAAGUCAGGCUUUUGGCCUGCCCGAGGAUCAAGCUGAUCAGGCAGCACAGUGCCCGGGUGGGCAGGAGGCUGAGCCCUGUGCCCAGGGUGGCUGCAGCAAGGUGAGCUGCUGCCCUGGGCUGCCAAAACCCACCCUCAGCUGCUGCUCCACAGAGCCACAGAAAUACCCCAGGGCUUUUUCUACCUGCCCUGUGCCUGGCUCCUGGGGCAGGUGUUACAUAUGGGAGCUUCCAGGGGGUGAGGUAUUCCAGAAGGUGUUCAAGGGGUGAGAACAGCCCUCUGCAGCCACAGCGGGCUGCAGGACGGGAGGCAGCUUUCCUCCAGCACAUUCCCAUUCAUUAUCACCUCUGUUUUGCCGAGAUCAGCCCAUGGGCAGUGCUGGGGUAACUUGGAUCUGGGCACAAACAGGUUUUUUUGUGUGAGGGACAGUUCCCACCCCUGAGCUCUUUGCUGGGAUCCUGUGCUGUGCCACAGAAGCACUGGACUCACUGCCCAUGAGCCUGGCCAAAGCUCUCUGGGGGCAGGGGCUGCGUUCCAGCUCCUGUCCAGAAAUGCAGGACACAUUGUUCCCACACGGGAGCAGGGAUCAGCAGUGCUAAUUCAACUCUAACGAGCAAAAGGCUGUUGUGUGUUCCUGUGAUCCUGCUCUGCAGCACGGGGAUUUGGACAGUCCAGGGACCUUGGAACACCCUGGACAAGCUGCCAGCCUGUCACACUCACUGUACUGCACUCAGUACAGUUUCUGACUACUUUAAAUAAUUUCAUCACCUUUCAGACGCAUUGUCACAGGAAAUUUAGACAUUUGCUGGGAUACAUGAUCACUACAUUCACAAAAGUUGGUCCUCCUCUAAGAUAGAUUAAUUAUUCCUAAUUUAUAACGAUUCAUUAAGCCUCAAGAUCUGCACUUAUACUGUGAGGACUCAGAGGUUUAGAAACCUCUGUAAAGAAUCCUGACAAGUUUUUGGCCCUUAAAGCACACACAGCUACACACUCCAAGACCUUGGCCCUGAACCCAGAGUUACGAGACUUUUAUUUCUCCCUCCUGUCACAUUCACCCCAGAGCUAGAUUCCAGCCCUUCUCAUAGCAUCACCUAUUUAUCCAGCACUCCUUUAGUUCCUCUGAUCAUUCCUGCAACCCUUCCCAGCACCUGAAAUCACAGGUUGCCUUCGACUGCCUGAUGGCAAAGGUGCCAGGUAGCUUUAGUCAUGCUGUGUAACUCACACCUUUGUAGCUCAAUUUAAGAAUCCCAAGAACCCAUAGGAACCCAGCUCUGGGAACAUACAAUUUGAUUUUAUUGACUAUUCCUUAACACCUCUUGGCAUCAUCAGCACACAUGCUGUGCUGCCUUGGAGAUGAAAGCACAUGGAAAAGGGGCAGGCAGGGGCUGCACUGUGCUUGUGCCCCAGGCUGUCAUGCCAAGGGCCUGUCACCUGGAAUCCUGCCAUUCUGGAACCCCUCACCUGGGCUCUCAUUUCACCCUUGCUGUGACACAGUGCUGCACUCAGCCUCCUCCUCAGCACCCUUCUCCUGCCAGCUGUGGCACUGCAGGGCAGAUCUCAGGGCAAGCAAUGGGAAGCAGCAUGAGAAUGUCAUCCCUCCUUUCCCUAGCCUCUCUUGAAGUUUUGAGACCCAAAAUUGAAUGUAGAUGAACAUUACUCCAAAAUACUCCAAGUGUUUUAUUUGCAGAAACACUUGGCAACCACUGUGCAAUACUUGCAUCUCAUCUACACGUAGAGCUCAGGAUAAAGAUGUAUCGUGGAUUUCCAGCUGAUGCCGCUUUGGGCUGUUUGGGCUUUGCUUUCCUAAUCAGCUCCAGACAUUGUUUGCUUUCUUGACCAUUACUGAAGCCAGAGCAGGUCUGUUCAAAUAUGGACCUUCAGUCAGGAAUGUGCUCUUGCACCGCUCAGAGUUCACCACUACUGGGUGAAAUGUGGAUUCUUAACCACAACAUGCUUCACUUCACACUCAGCUGUACUGAGUUUCCUUUUCUAUCCAGUCCUCAUCUUCACUGGUCAGUCAGUACAGCCAAAAUUCCUGCCCCUAAUCCACUGACUUUCCUAAACCAGACAAGUAAGAGGGCUUCCCUCAUUCCAUGGGAUCACUCACCCAAGGUCCCCGAAUGCCUUUUGGAAAUAAAAUAGUGUAAGAGUACUUCUCCCUAUCCCUGUGGACUCUUCUAAAGAGCUGCAGAGGUCUUCUGGGACACAACUUGCCAUUGAAACACCACAUUUAUCCUCUCUCAUGGUCUGUGUUUCUAAACCCAUUCUUUAUUAUAAUUUGUUUUCCUCGUACACAGGUCCAUCUCACUAGCUCAGGAUACUCACAGACCCACAUUUAG